UUGCUCAGUUGGAUGAUCUGCUACUGCAAUGGUUGAUCAGUUUGAGUUCAGACAUUGUCGGAGACACUUCGCUUCUGGUGCUAGAAUGUUUCUUCAUUUCGUCGGCUUUUGGAUGGUGCUUGGCGUCUGUCUUUUCCACGUUCAAUCGCAAGAUAACACAACUGUUGCAAGAAACACCACAGUGGCAAGAAACACUACGAAACUUGUGAUGGUGCGUCCACUGCACAGGAAGGAGGAUGAAAAGAAGGAUAUGAUGCACAUCGUCAUACAUAAAAUACUCCCGGGGGAUCCGUACUACAAAGUGUUCGAUGGAGACCAAGCCAAAGCACGACGCUACACCAACAAGAUCUGGCAACGUCUCCUGGAUCGUUACAAUACCAUGCUGAUAUAACUUAAGUAAUGUUUAUUGAUUGAUCGUUUACUAAGUGAUUAUAAUAAAGCUAGAGCUGAAGAUCGAA